GUGUGGACUUCCGGUGUGGACUUCCGGUGUGGACGUUGUGGCGGCGCCAUCUUGCCUGCAGUAGGGUGCCUCUCAAAGACUUUGAUGCCUCUUUACAAAGACUUACUCAUGUGGUUCGCAUCAGCUUGACAAACAUCCGCAAAGCUCCAAGGGCCACUGUUAUGUCUGCUGAACUUGAGGAUGUUUUCAACAGUAGUCUGGUGGGCAAGGUGCCCACUAUGUUGGCAGCCAAGUCAUAUCCAUCUCUCAAGCCGUUGGGGAGCUACGUGAUGGUUCUGUUAGCCAGACUGCAAUUCUUACAAGUAACCAAAGAGGAGACCCACCUGGAGGAGAAGCCAGAGGAUGGGACCUAUGUGCAGGUCUUUUCAUGGAAUCGCUCUCUGGGACAGACAGAACAUGGUCAAAGGAGAGUUCCUUCCCAAGAUCCUCUUCGACUCCCUGCCGUUCAUCAAUCUCAAACCAGGAGAAAUGUCAAAGUUUAAACAUGAAGAGAUCUUGUCCCAUUUAUAAAACCAGUGCCCGCAGAGGGACCCUGUCCACUACUGGUCACUCCACAAACUAUAACCUGUCCUUGAGCUGCCGUCUGACCAUCUACGCUGGGUGAAUCGCAGGGUGGCCUGCCUCUGUCAGCUGGAUGACUAAGAGCAGACAUCAACUAAUUUAAUCUGCUAAUCUAUUUAACAAUGCAUAUUCCAGAGACAGUUCAUGUAUCUGUAUGCCGAAGAAUUACAGGUGCAGAGUCACACUUUUAGACACAGCUUUUCCAGUGUCGUCAACUAGAAGCACAGUGAAAUGUUUAUUUUGAUUAAUGAAAUUAUAUGGUACCAUUUCAAAUAUAUUCGUAGCAUAUUUAGUCUAACCUUAAUACCAAUCAUAUCUACUUCCACAAAUUUGCUUCACUUUUAUUGUCAGCAGAGUCCUUAUUUGACUUGCAAAAGGAUGCAAUUUGUUCUAUAAUUUCAGUCUCUGCUUUGUUUUUCAAUGGGUUGUUGGUUAUUAUAAUGAUUCAUUGUACAUUGUAAUAAAAUCAUAAAAUGU